UUCAGUUCACAAUGGAGAACCCACACACCAGACCUGCUCAAAAGUUUGUGAAGGCUGGUUCACAUUCUGCUGUUCCAUGGAGCUCUACUAAUAGAGAAGUUGUGAGAUACAAUAUUCCACCUCAGCAGGCUUUCAGAAGCCCUUCUUGGGUUUCUCAAAAGCCCCCCACAAAAGAAAACACCAAACCGGUAGAAUUCAAACUCCACACCCAACAAAGAGCGCUAAAACGUGCCAUGUUCAACUAUUCGGUAGCAACCAAGCUAUAUUUCAUAGAGCAACAGAAGAAGCUAGAAGAGAGGGUGCAGAAGAUGAUACAGGAGGAAGAGGUCAAGCUGCUGAGAAAGGAGAUGAUCCCUAGAGCCCAAUUGAUGCCUUUUUUUGAUAGACCCUUCUAUCCACAAAGAUCAAAUAGGCCUUUGACGGUUCCUAAAGAGCCAUGUUUCCACAACUUGAGUAGCAAAUGCUGGAGCAGUGGAGUUGAUGAUUUUUCAGCAGUGUCCAGCUAUGAAGCCCAUUAAAUAACCCGACUCUUGAAUGUAUUCUCAUUAAAUUCUCACAAUAGUUGAUGAAUGAUACAUGCUUUGGGGAGGGAUUUGAGUAGUAGGGCACUAGUUUUGCGGUAGAAGUUGUGCUUGUGCUUGUGAAUAACUAGUGACUUCUCUAGCUAAUUCUAAUAAACUGAGUUGCUUUUUUCUUUA